UGUAGAAGUUCCUGCUCUCUAGGACUCGUUGUUUGUCUUUGUCACACUUGGGGUCUUGUUCUCGAGGUGUUUAUCUCCUGUGUCCCUUCAUUGUGUUAUCUUUGUCAAGCGUGGUCUCUGUUUCUUGUCUGUCUUUAUGUCGACAUCUUUUCUUUGUUUCAAUGGGACAUGUGUGCGCCUCUUUGAUAGUAGCUAUCUUCGUUGAUCCACCUUAGAGAAGCACACUAGGUUUACAGACCAUACAAGACUUUGAAAUUACCUUCAACCUCGACGACACAUACCCAGUCAACCACCACAAUUGACGAAACAAAUAUGCUGACGUUAUUAUUAUCAAGGUACAUCGCCGCCAUAAUGGGCACGACAUUUCUCGUCGUUCAGGCUUUCCCUUCCGACCGCCGAAGCCACACUCAUGUUGAUGAACCUCAUGACGAUCUCGGACUCGAGCCUCACAACCUGACAAACCUGAGCGCUCGCGGCGGGGCCCCUACUGACGCUGUAUCUCAGCUUCUCGCCAUCGCUCCUUCUUCAGAUACAUGCGCAGACGCACCCAUCCCGUCUGAAUGCACGGUGACCACAGCCUCACUCGCGCAGAUCAUCAUCGCCAGUUUCGGGCGCCACUCCGUCACCACCGGACUCGAGCAAGCCGCGCUUUUGUCCUGGAUGGCGUUUGAAUCGGCCGAGUGGAAAUACAACCGCAACCAUUUCCCUGCGCCGGGCCGGCCCGGCCAAGGAACGAGGGUGAUGAUGAUGCCGAAUUACGUGGCCGAGUUUGCGAGUGGUUUCGAAGAGCUGACGGACGAGGUCACGGCUGCGGGUGGUGAUCUGGACAGGAUUCUGGAUUCGGUACUUGGUGACGAGUAUAGCUUUGCGGCGGCGGCAUGGUUUUAUGAUACACAAUGUACGCAGGAAGUGAAGGAAGGUGUGAAGACAGGUGGGGAGCAAGGUUGGGAAGAGUUCGUGACUGGUUGUGUAGAGACGACAGUGACGGCGGACAGAAAAGGGUAUUGGGUCAGGGCCUGUGAGGCUUUGAAUAUCGUUGUUGUUUGAACGGGUCAGCUACGUGGUAGCUUCUCCUCCAAUACAGAGUAAGGCUGCAAGAAAUAUACUGA